AUUCAUAUGCAGAUGAAGUGUAUUACAAUUCUGUUGAUGGUCGCGGAUCACGAAGUAAGAAAACUAAGUGUAAGCUUUUGGCCAAAAUAACUCGUGUUUUUCAAAUGCUACCAUUCGUGAAACGAGCUCAGUUAGAUUGAAUCCACGAGAAGUCCUCUAUAACAGAUGUGGGUUGAGUGAGUUAGAAUUAUAAGCGCUAAAUCGCCAGCACUAUUCGCACUCACGUCUCAGGAAUACGAUCGCAGUCAGUAACCCUUGACUAAAACUUUGUGGACAUCAUGUCAAGACGAAGAAGACCUUUGUGUCUUGGUUUGCUAAUAUUGGCAGCCUCUAUUGCACUUAGUUCAGCUCAAUCAAGAAGAACUUGGCAAUGUGAGAAAGUAUCAAUUGAAUUAUGUCGAAACAUGGGCUACAAUGUUACACGGAUGCCUAAUCUGAUCGGACACGAGUCUCAAAGAGAAGCAGAAGCCCAACUCAAACAGUUUCUUCCUCUUAUUCAGUAUGGCUGUGCUAAACAACAUUUGACUUUUUUUCUUUGCUCGGCGUACGCUCCUCUUUGUACGGAAAAACUCGACGUGGUGAUAACGUCUUGUCGACCGCUUUGUGAGUAUGUACGAACUUCGUGCCUCCCUGUGUUAACUGAAUUUGGGAUUCCAUGGCCUCAUCCUCUCAACUGCUCGCGCUUCUUGCCGACAAACAACGAGAAACAUAUGUGUAUGCCAGGACCAAACUUUACAGAGCAGCCAACGUCUGUAGACCCUGGUCGAGUGCUGCCCAACGAUACUGCAAAUUCACCGGAUUUAAAGAAGAAAGGUUCGGAACAAUGUCGAAGGUUUAAAAACAGCGAGAAUUAUUAUUAUGUUCGUAGCACUGAAUCGUGUGCUGUGCGAUGUAAUGAAGAAGGGAUUUUUAAGAACUCGGAUAAAAAGACUAUUGAGUUAUGGAUGACAAUCUGGUCUAUAUUGUGCUUCCUUUCGACUUUAGUGACGCUUUCUACCUUUAUUAUCGAUACAACCAGGUUUAAGUACCCCGAACGAGCCAUCAUCUGGCUCGCUUUGUGCUACAACUUCUACUCCAUAUCAUUCAUCAUUCGUCUGGCUGCUGGAAGAAGCGCUGUAUCAUGCGAUGUCGAUCCGGCGACCAAUGUCAGAUUUCAUAUCCAAGAUGGGCUCAGAAACACAGGAUGUGCUGUAAUCUUCUUAAUUCAAUACUUUUUCAACAUGGCAGCUACGAUUUGGUGGGUCGUUCUGGCUCUUAUUUGGUUUCUCGCGGCGGGCAUGAAGUGGGGCUACGAAGCCAUUGGAUCAUAUGCCAACCUUUUUCACGUUAUCGCUUGGAUUCUUCCGUGUAUCAAGACCAUUUUUAUCCUCAUAACGAGGAAAGUCGACGGGGAUGAACUUACUGGUGUUUGUUAUGUAGGUAACCAAGACUUGAUAGCACUGGCCGCGUUUGUCCUUGGACCGCAGUUUACAUAUCUUAUUAUAGGGACUCUGUUUUUGAUCGCAGGCUUUGUUGCCCUAUUUCGGGUCCGUUCUACGGUACAAAGAACAAAUCAGGCCAAGACAGAUAAACUAGAGAGACUUAUCGUACGAAUAGGAAUAUUUUCAGUCCUUUCGACGAUCCCGGCCACAGCAGUAAUCGCUUGUUAUUUUUACGAAUAUGCAAACAAAGAAUACUGGUAUUAUGGGAAGAGAGACGAGGCUGUUGCUGAGCCUAAUUUCAGUAUUUUUGUUAUCAAACUCUUCAUGUCUUUGUUUGUUGGCAUUAUCUCAGGCAUGUGGGUAUGGACACCAAAGACUGUCAAAUCGUGGAAGAAAUUUUAUUACAAAAUGAGGGGGAAAAGGCCUCCGAGACGAGCUCCAAAACCCGCUAAUCCAAACGAGACAACGGUAUAAUACGUCUUAAAAGAGUAAGGUCAUUCUAAGAGCUUUAAUUCACUAAGCCGAGCUAAACUAAACAACGUAUCGUUUUAGAUCCUAAAAACACUACUUUGACUAGAGAUAUUGCGAAGUACUGGAGAACACAGAUUUACGAGACGAGAGUUUGACAUGUUUACGUUCAAGAAAGAAAAGAAUAGAGCGAGAGACGCGUCCACGAAGAAGUGUAUAGACACAAGACAGCUGCCAUCGGCUAAUUAUCGCUUGAUUUAGGAUUAACUACGAGAAAAAAAGCGACUGACUCCAAAUUGUUCGUAUUGAACCUACAGUAUGUUUAAGGUCGUUGAAAUUAGUGCUGAAAUCACAGCUUAGUUUACAAGUCCAAAACCGGACAUAAUUGUAGUUUAAAAUUCCUAUAAAUAAACAGUUAUAAAUUUUACGAAA